AUGGCCCACAUCUCCAGCCCAGGCUUCCUGACUGACAAGCAAACUGGCAGCCCAUGUUUGGGACUGACUAAUCAGCAGCCAUUGCUCAUCGCCAUGGACCUGACCAUUCAACAGGAUGCCCAGGAUGAUCUCCAAGCCCUCCUGCUCCAGUGGGCCGGGGAGAAGAAAGGUCGAGUUCAGCUGUGCUCCAGGAAGCUGCAGAUUCUGUCUGGCUCCGUCUCUGAAAUGCAGAAGGCUCUGCGUGUGGUGAGGCUGGACUCCAUCCAGGAGCUGCUGGCGAGUCAAAUCUGGCGUCGAGAAUCCAUGGAUUAUUUCGAUCCCUACCUGGGCCAGAUGAAGAGCCUCCGCCUCCUCAACUUCUCUGACAUGCGUGGCGAUUCCCAAAGUUCCAGCCUCACAAAUUGCUGGUACUGGAGCAAAUUGGGGGUCCAUAUGGGACAGCUGCAGCAGCUGCGGGAGCUUCAUGUACAUGACGCCAGGUUCCUUCAUGGACAGCUGCCUGCCCUCUUCAGGAGCCUGCGGCCUCUGCAGGCCUUGUCCCUGAGCUCCUGCGACCUGCAGGAAGCUGACCUGAGCUUUCUGUUCCACAGCACUUGCGCCAGGCAGCUCCAGCACCUGCGUCUGAGGAGUUUGCCGAGAGACUCCUUCAGUGCGGAGCCCCUGAGACUAUGGCUGGAGCAAGUGUCUGGCACCCUGGAGUCCCUGGCCCUGGAGCACUGUUACAUUACUGAUAACCAGCUCUCUGCCAUCCUCCCCUCCCUGGGCCAGUGCUCCCAGCUCAGCUCUUUCAGUUUCUAUGGAAAUACCAUCUCCAUGGCCGCCCUACUGAACCUCCUGAGCCUCACGGCCAAGCUGGGCCAUUUGAAAAGGGGGCUCUAUCCUGCCCCCCUGGAGAGCUACUGCCCUCAGAGGUGGUGGCAUAGGACCAUAGACGCUGAGAGAUUUGCCCAGGUUCAGGCUGGUUUGGUGCAGACAUUGAGAGACAUGGGGACAACUCAGAAAGUCCAGAUCUGUACCAACUUCUGUCACGUGGUUAACAAGUGCCAAUUCUAUAGUCUGGAGCCCAGUGGAUCUUGGGUAUUCAGAGAGGGGGUUCCUCCCGGCCUUUCUGAUCUGCCUGUGUAG